AUGUUAUGGCAUCAAGGAUUUAUUUUAAAACUAUAUCAACUCCAUUGUCCGGAUGGUUAUUUAUUUUGGAUAGUUAAUUACUUUAAAGAUCGUACAAUAACUAUUGACUAUCAAGGGCAUCUGUCCAAACAAGUUGACGUAUCUCGUGGAGCUCCACAAGGUUCAUGCUUUGGACCUAAAGCUUAUAUUGUAAAUCAUUUUGAUUUACCAACCUUUUUUGAUUGUCCAUGUGAUGUACAUCUGUAUGUUGAUGAUUUGGCUAUAUUAUAUUCUCCAUCAAUCUAUCGUAAAUAUUCACAGCAAGUAGACGAAAUACAAACAAGAAUUAACAACGAUCUUCUAAAGCUAGCUAGAUAUGCUGAAUCAAAUCAUCAACCCAUUAAUAAUAAGAAAACAGAAUUUGUCAUUUAUCAUAAAACAGUUCAAUUCCAAAAAUUCAAAUUUUCUAUCAAGGUCAAUCUAUCCUAA